AUGGCGGAGAGAACCAUUCCUGGGGCUACUGACAAAUCAGUACUUCACAAAUUUGAGUCACUUGAGUUGCCCUCCGGCUUAACUCAGGUGGAAUACAUCUGGAUCGAUGGAACUGACGAGGGUGUCAGAUCUAAGUGUAGAACUCUUGACUUUGUACCCAAGAAGGCUGCAGACUGCCCAAUCUGGAACUAUGAUGGCUCCAGCACCUACCAGUCUGAAGGUUCCAACUCUGAUCUGUAUCUGUACCCUGUCGCACUGUUCAAAGAUCCCUUCAGGAGAGGCAACAACAAGCUGGUCCUGUGUGAUGUCUACAAGUAUAACAAGCUGCCAGUUGAAUCUAACAAAAGGAAAAGUUGUGCUGAAGUGAUGGAGAAAGCCAAGGAUGAUCACCCUUGGUUUGGCAUUGAGCAGGAGUACUCUCUCUUGGACUAUGAUGGCUAUCCUUUAGGCUGGCCCAAGAAUGGCUACCCAGGACCACAGGGCCCAUACUACUGCGGUGUCGGCACAAACAAGGUUUAUGGCAGAGAUGUUGUUGAGGCGCACUAUCGGGCAUGUCUGUAUGCUGGCGUUAACAUCAGUGGUUGUAAUGCUGAGGUCAUGCCUUCACAGUGGGAGUUUCAAGUGGGACCUUGCGAAGGAAUUUCAAUGGGGGAUGAACUCUGGGUGGCCAGGUACCUCUUACACAGGGUCGCUGAGGAGUUCAAUGUGGUGGUCACGUUUGAUCCUAAAGUCAUGACUGGCAACUGGAAUGGAGCUGGGGCUCACUGUAACUACAGCACAGAGGCUAUGAGAAAGGAUGGCGGUUUAGAAGCCAUUGAAAAAGCUAUUGAAAAAUUGAGCAAGAAACAAAUGGAACACAUACGAGCUUACGAUCCCAACGGUGGAAAAGACAACAUGAGAAGACUCCUGGGAUCUCAUGAAACUUCAAGUAUUGAUUCCUUCUCUGCUGGUGUCGCUAACAGAGGAGCCAGUAUUCGAAUUCCCCGCCACGUUGCAGAAGAUAAGAAAGGGUACCUGGAAGACCGAAGACCUUCAUCCAACUGUGAUCCAUACAGUGUGACGGAGAUCAUUGUCCGAACAACAGUACUAGAUGAAUAA